UAUAAAAUGGGACAUUUCCUUGGGCUGUUCGUCCUACUACUCACAGCAGUAGCCUGCCACUCGGCAUCACAAAACGUCACUGCCGUUUCCUGCACCAUUUCAAAAUACAACGCGGACCACAUCAAAAACGCCCAAAAUGAAUGUUCUGAUAUCAUCAUCGACGGAAUAAUCGUUCCAUAUGGAGUAACUUUGGAUUUAACCAGCCUUAAAUCAGGUACCAAGGUCAUAUUUCAAGGUACCCUCGCUUGGGAGUAUUCAGAAUGGGGGGGACCAUUAAUUAAGAUUAAAGGAACGAAUGUGGAGAUCACCGGUGCCGAUAAUCAUGUGCUCGACGGCAGAGGUGCUCUGUGGUGGGAUGGUCUGGGAGGAAAUGGAGGUAAAGUCAAGCCGAAGUUUUUGAGGGCAACCGUAACCAACUCUGUUAUUCGCAAUUUGCAUAUUAAGAAUGCCCCCAUCAAUGCAGUCUUACUUAGCCGAUGCGUCGAUUCCGUGAUAGAAUACAUAACUAUCGACGACAAGGAUGGAGACAAGGAUAAGGCCGGUCAUAACACCGACGCAUUCAAUUUGAAUUCCAACAACAACAUCACCAUACAGCAUUGCACCGUUUACAACCAAGACGAUUGCAUGGCGAUAAACUUUGGACAAAACACCUACUUCUUAAACAACUACUGCUCUGGCGGUCAUGGUAUUUCUAUAGGUUCCGUGGGCGGUGGUAGUGAAGUUAAAGGAGUAUUGGUCGACGGUUGCCAAAUCGUCGAUUCCGACAACGGAGUCAGGAUCAAAACCAAAUAUGGACAAACAGGAUCCGUGUCCGACAUCACGUAUCAAAAUAUAGUCCUGAAGAAUAUCCACAACUACGGCAUUAUCAUGCAGGGUGACUAUGGAUCUAAAGAAGGCGUACCGACUGGUGGUGUGCCGAUUUCUCAUCUCACUCUAAAGAAUAUUUCAGGCACCGUUGACAAAACUGGUGUUAACAUAUACAUUCUUGUAGCAAAUGCUUCGGAUUGGCAUUGGUCUGACAUUAACGUGACUGGUGGGGAAAAGAAGAUGGAGUGCCAAGGUAUCCCAGCAGGAACUAGAGUCUCGUGCUGAGUUUAUACAUUACCAAUGUUCAUACCGCAAG